AUGGCUUUGUGUUUCUCUGGCAUAGAUUUGCAUCCUCUGGAUCUCCUCUCCGAAGUGGUUCCCAUGAAUGGGAUGAAGAGUGGAUUACGAAUGAUCCAGGUACAAGGAGCUCGGGGCUUCCAGUUCACUGCAGUGCGCCCUCGCUUCCUCAGCUUUCCAGCAUCACGGCUUUUCAUAUACUGUGACCUCUUCCCUGAGGAAUUCUCCAUUGUGUUCACCCUAAAAGCAUUCCACAUGCAAUCCAAGAGGAAUGAGUACAUCUUUACAGUUUUGGAGGAAAAUAGUGAUACUCUGCUGCUUGGACUUCGAUAUUCAUGGAAUAAACUUCACUUCCUCUUCUGGAGCAGAGAACUGUCUAAUGGCUGGCAGACAAGGGUUACCUUCCAGGAUGUGUUUUUGGCAGACAACCGGUGGCACACACUGGUACUGGCUGUGUCGAAAAACUCCUUCUCUCUCACUGUGGACUGCAGCAUCCCCACAGAUGUGAUUGUGGAAGCAGCUUUCCCCACAUCCUUGACUGUGACUGGAUCCCGCUUUUAUGUGGGAAGCAGAAGGAGAAGAAAAGGUUUCUUUAGUGGCUUGCUAAGACAGCUAGUCCUGUUGCCAGGAUCUGAUGCUACCUCACGGAUGUGCACUGGCAUGCAGUUUAACCUAGCAGUGCUGUCCAUCCCCCAAAUUCUGCAGGACCUCCCUGUGAAACCAGUGGAUAAUGAGCUGCUGAAAUACCCUUACGAAGCAGACAUGAAGGUGACUUUGGGGUCCCGCCCUCCCUGCACUAAGACUGAAAGUGGCCAGUUCUGGUUUAAUGCUGCUCAGAAAGGACUGUAUCUCUGUAAUGGUAGUGAAUGGAUUUCCAUGCUAGAAGUUGAAGAAAGAUUGGACUACCUAGAAGAACAUCAAAGUUUGGUGACAAAUUCUGAAACCCUGGGCAUUGAAGUCUUCAUCAUCCCCCAAGUGGGACUCUUUGCGGCUACUGCUAAUCGAUGUAUCCCUCGUGGUUCAGCUAUCUACAAAUGGACAGAUGAGAAAUUUGUGGCUUACCAAAAUCUCCCCACCUACCAAGCACAAUCCUGGAAAUUCUUCACUAUUGGGAAAAAGAUUUUCCUUGCAGUGGCAAAUUUUGUACAGGAUGAAAGGGGCAAGGAGUUUUCUGUAAUUUACAAGUGGAACUACAGAAAAGAGAAAUUUAUUGUCUACCAGAGGAUCGCCACACACAGUGCCCGGGACUGGGAGGCAUUCACCAUUGAUGGAGAGACUUUCCUUGCAGUGGCUAAUCACAGAAAAGGGAAUAACCACAAUAUAGACAGUGUCAUAUACAAGUGGAACUCUAGGACAGGGCUUUUUGAAGCCAACCAGACCAUUCCUACCUCAGGAGCCUAUGACUGGGAAUUUUUCAGUAUUGGCCCUUAUUCCUUCCUGGUGGUGGCUAACACAUUUAAUGGGACAUCCACCAAGAUCUACUCUCACAUCUACAUCUGGCUCAGUGGAUCCUUCCAGCUGUUCCAGUCCAUCUUGACUUUUGGUGCUGCUGACUGGGAGUUCUUUCAAAUCCGAGACAGAGUCUUCCUCGCUGUGGCAAACAGUCAUAGCUAUGACAGUAAUCCUGUUGCCCCAGACAAUAAAUUUGCCAUCAAUUCUUCCAUAUAUGAGUUAAACAUCACUGCACAGAUGUUUGUCAAGUUCCAGGACAUUCUGACUUACAGUGCUCUGGACUGGGAAUUCUUUUCAUUGGGUGAAGAUAUGUUUUUGGUGGUAGCAAAUUCGUAUGAUGGAGUGACCUUCUCUGUAAACAGUAUUAUUUACAGAUGGCAAGGAUAUGAAGGCUUUGUAGCAGUUCACCACCUUCCAACAUUAGGCUGUAGGGACUGGGAAGCUUUCAACACUACAACUGGGUCAUACCUCAUGUAUUCCAGUGCAAGAGAGCCACUCUCCAAGGUGCUGAAGUUGAAAACCUUUUGA